UUUUAAAAAGAUUCCGAUGACGCCCCAUCCAAAAGCUACUCCAUAAUGGAGCUCCCAUCACGAAGAAUUCACUGCGCGUCCCACCCACCACAUCAAAGCAAAACAAUUAUUCACGCACCUUAAACAUAUGAAUACGGUUCGCUGACACAUUAACACGGUAGGAUUAUGGUUAUUUACAAGUAAUCAGCAUUGGAAGUAGGAAUUCUCUGUUCUACAACGACAGAGACAAUGGCAGAAACAACAACAUCUACAAACGGAAUUCCAGACUCUACAACAAUGUCAACUUUAGAAUCAAAUACGCAUAUUCCAAUCGCACAACUUUCACCGUUACUUCCCGCAUCAGGUUCAAGAUCCCUUAAAGCAGUCGUAACUCUUACAUGGCCAUACAGCUCCCGAACAGGUUCUGUAGCCUUUCUACUCGCAGAACCCGAUUUCCGCUUGCGCAGAACCAGAGGCCAGGUGCGCGUACAGUUUUCAGGAUCAUCCGCAAAUGCGGUCGCAAAAUCUGGUAUAACUAGUGGAGACGAGGUGAUCUUAUGUCUAGAUGGGGCGGAAUACGUGGAACUUGAACCUCCAAAUGCGACACCUGGAAGAGGUGUAGAGUUUGAACUUAAAUUCAAAGAAAGACUUCUGCUUCAGGUAAGAAUAAAAGAUGAUUUCCACAUACCAUAUUUUAAUUUAUCUUGGUCCAGUUUCGCCCAGAAGAUUCUCAAGAUGUCAAAAUCAUCAAUAUCGACCACCCCAGUCCAGAACCUGUUGUGGCGCCCACGUCUGUUCUCGCGACAGAGACCGAGGCAGAGACGGAGGGCCAAAUCCCAGAAAUGCCAUCAACACCUGUUCCAUUUUCAAACCGAGUAAUAAAUAAUUCUGAGGAGUACUUUUCCCCAGUGUUCUUGAAACGUGAGCGGAUAUCAUAUGGGUCAAUGUUUGAAGAGGGCUAUGAUCCAUUUGAAGAGGGAGAUGGGUCAGUACGUGGCAGGGGUAGGAAGAGGACUAGGCUUAGUACAACAUGGCGAUUCACAAGCAGGUCGCCAAGUCCCAGUCCAGAGGUCGAAGAGCCAGUAGCAGCGCCUUCGGAACAUGAUAUCCAGGAGCCAGCAAGCCAACCUGUGCCAGCCAUGACGGAUGAGGGUGUGCAGACUAUGGUGGAGGAGACUGUAGAGAUUGAAACUGGGGUAUCAGCUGAAGUGACACCAGCAUUGGAGCAAAUUCAACUUACAAUCGUCGAUAAAAUCAAAGUAAAUGGCAUUGUGCAGGCUGUGGAUCCAGAGGUCCCGGUCCAGGGAAAACCACAGAUCGAAGAAGCGACCACAGUCAUAAUGCCACCCCCAGAAAAGCAAUCUGAUCUUACUAUUCCAGAAGUCGAGGAACAACAAAACCCGCCCGAUAAUGCAGAUGAGAAGAGACCUUAUUCUCCGCAGUUACGACCUUUGCCAUCUGAAGGUCUACCUCUAGUCUCCCCAUUGGUAACAGGUCAAAUUGAAAUGUUCAACCACCACAUACACAAUGACCAUAAUGAGGAUCUUGACAACCCGAAUGCCCCAGCUGUAUACUCAGCAGAGGCUGAUUUACCGGAACAGGAUGAUCAAAUUGAUGCCGACGAAGAUCCACAUAGUGUCAGGCCUGGGAGCCACAUGAGCAAUCAACCAAACUCAGACCAGACUACUUAUCAAACAUCUGCAAUUCUUUCUGGGGAUGAACUUGGCUCUCCAAGUAUGGAAACCACUUCCACUCCUCACACUCAUGGUGAAUUUGAGGCUGGAGAGGGUGCAGAGCAAUUCUUUCCGCAUCACAACAUCUCCGGAUCCGAUCCUUAUACCUCAGCACAUGUUUAUGCUGAAACUCCAGGGGAACAAGGCCGGUAUGUUCACGGUGGAUUGGAGGAAGAUAUGGCUCAGUAUAACUAUCCCGAUCCAGAAGAGAUACAUCCUCAAUCAAAUAAUUGGGGAACUCAAUCCAGUGGGGCCUAUCCAGACCUCGAUAAUAGUCAUCAAUCUGCAAGCCACAGUGUAUAUUCUCAACAACCAUCUAUGUCAUCCAUGGUUCGAUCCCAAAGUAAUCAGUCUCACCAAUCCCUUCAAUCCCAUCAAUCUCCCAAAUCUCAACCUGUAGAUUUGACUGAGAGUAGCGACGAGGACGAAGAUGCUGAAGGAUAUCCUGAAGUUGAAGAUAACAGCCAGCAGUACGUGUCUAGCUCUCAUUUACCAGUGGGCCAUGGAGAAGAACGUUCCCAUGAUGAAGGAGAAGAGUAUGAGGACAAUACGUAUGACAGUGAGGAUAAAGUAGAUGAGUAUGGGGAGGGUUACUCGGACGAGUAUGACGGAAAUAUGGAACUAAGAGGUAGAGACGACUACCUCGAAGAGGAUGAUAACGGUAGUGAAAAUGACUAUGUUGAGGACAAUUACAGUGAGGAUGAAAUGAACAAUGAAGCGCCGCUGCAACAACAUCCUCCACGAGAGCCGGAAGUAAUAGACCUUUUGUCUUCCGAUGAUGAGGAUGGGCCAGGAAGCCCUGUUGCUCAAAUCGGGGACGACAUCGAAGAUGAUGAGGAAUUAGAAUCAGGGCAAGAGUCAGAGGAAUACGAGGAUCAGGAAGAAGAUGAGGAUGGCCAAAAUCUAGAUGUUGUUGGUGAAGAAAUCAAAAACGACGAUAUCCCUACCACAAAUUUCCAGGGACCCUUGAGAGAAUCCCCUGACGUUUCGGUUGAGGACGAAUCAAUGGGAAUCGAAAGUACGCUAGUCAAUAAGCACAAUGAUAGUAUUAAACCUGGCACGCAAAUGCCCGAAAUACUAUCAAAUGCAUCGGGAUCUGGUUUUGAAGCUCAAGUAUAUGUAAAUCUGAGCCGGGGUGAAUCAAGGGGUGCACAGCAAUCUCCACCAUCCCAAGGAAGCUCGGAAGAAGAGGCUACUACCGACCUAGAUUAUCCCGAACCUAUGGAUGUUGAAACCAGCUUGGACAAUACCUCUGCUGCCACCGCAACGGAUAAUCUUGAUGGCUUGUUUAAGAAAUUAGAGGAAGCCGAAUCAGAGACGCAGGUGGAGCAGGGGCCUUCGAAUAUCCGCCGUGCUAUACCUCAAAAUGUUGCAGUAGAUGCCGAGUACGCCGUUGAGGAUUUUGGGAAUGAAGGAAAUGUCCAAAAUCCGGAUGGAGCAAAUGCUGAUGAGACCAACCUACAAGAAACCCAGCCAAGUGAACCGACCGAAUAUCCACCAACAAUAAUUGAAAUUUCCCAUGGGCCAAUACAGUGCGAUAAUAGUGAAAAUAUUAUCAAUGCUGCUCUUGAAAUAUCGCUACCAUCACCAAUAGCUGUGGAGGUAUCUAAUGCUUCAACAAUACCCAAUUCCACAGAACAAAGCAUUAAGGAUCGAGCUGCCAAGUCUGGGUGGGCUAAUUUACCUAAGAAGGAUACCUUGUUCUCGAGAACAUUUGGUAUAGAUGGCGCAAAUGAUGCUGGCGAGGAUACUGACGAGGAUAAGAAUGGUCAAAUAUCGUAUCCUAUAUUGCCAGUGACUGAGCCAGAAGAUCAACAAGAGUUAAUUGGUGAACCAGAACAAAUUUCACAGUCCCACAACCCUACACAUGGCAUUCAAAUCACAACAAACCAUGAAAAUGGCCAACUUCCAACCCCUGACGAUACCCAAAUGAUGAAUCUUGACGAGGACACUUUUACUUCAAUGUCAGACUUAGUCCAAUUUCAAUUACAAGAAGAGAUGGGAGAGAUGGAUGAAGAUUCAGAAAUGAUGCAUACUGCUGAAGGAAAUGCAAAGGAUCAAUCAACGAACUCUGUUGACGAUGAAGACCAAUCUUCUUUUCAAGAAGCAAUUAAUGAGGAUCAGGAUGUGUCUCCAGAAACAGAUGCUUUGAAUAGAGAUGAUGACGAGGCGAUUGAGCCUAAACUCGAAGAUUUUGAGGUUGAAUUCACCCACGCGGAGGUGACUGAGAUUAGAAAGACUGAGAUUAUCGAAACCGAAUUAGAGCAUGCCGACAAAAACCCUGUCGAGGACGACUUUGCCAGGGAAGAGGAGGUAGAGGAUGUGGAGUUGGAGGUAGACGAGGAGGAGGGGGAGGAGGUGGAGAAAACGGAAGUUGAGGUGGAGGAUGUGGAGUUGAGGUAGACGAGGAGGAGGGAAGGAGGUGGAAAGGAGGUAGAGGAUGGAGUUGGAGGUGAGAGGAGGGGAGGAGGCGGAUGAAAGCAGGAGGUUGGGAAUGAGAAACCUGAUAUUAAACGAAUCGAAGCUGAUAUGAAAUGAUAGAGUUCGAAACUCAGCAGACUCUCGCGAAAAUAGCUGGUGAUAGCAUUUUGGGACAAGACAUGGAUAUGGCUGAAAUCGCGGAAGAGUCUAUUGAGCAAACUAUCGAGGAGACUGAAGCUGUGGUUGAAAAAACCGAAGCCAUUCUGCUGGAGCAAAUCAAAGAAACCCCUCGUGAUUCUUUUGGCUCGUCAAGAAACCGUAACCGCAAAGGAAAAUCCUCUGGUAUUGAGAGUACGGAAAACGAAUCAAGGCCCGUUAGCCCUCGGCAAACACGAUCCAGCAUGGAUCUUUCACCUUCACCUGACUUUAAAAGGAGUAGGAAAGGAUCGGCCACUCUCAGUCCCAGGCAAACCCGAUCAAAAAAGAUGGAGCCGGUUGUAGAGGCUUUUACUCUUACAACUCCAACGAAAUCCAACAAAGAGAAUGAUAUGCCAUCUACACGUGGUAGCGAUCGUUCCAGGAGAUCACCAUCUAUAAUUAUCGACGAAGAGGAGACACUAGAAGGGCAUGAUGCAAGCGCUGAAAUGGCACUAGAAUCACUCGAAUUACCCGCAUCACCUACAAAAGCUGGCCAUCACCUCAGAGCACGUGCAUGUACCGAUCCCAAACUCCGUUUAACUAAAUACCUUCGUACUGAUUUAAGCGAAUACACAACUCUCGAAAUGCUUCGUUUUAAAAUGACUUCCAAACUGGACAUUUUGGCCAUCGCGACGAGUGUGCCUCCAGAACCUCGCAGAGUAAAGUUGGGACCAAGACACUACACUAGCAUUUUCACCAUUACUGAUCAAACUAUUGCCCCUUCUGGAGUAGUGCAAGUAAGAAUUUUCCGUCCAUACAAAGAUGCUCUUCCCACACCUGAAAUUGGAGACGGGGUUCUAUUGAGAAAUUUCAGCGUUUUAUCAGUCAAAGGUAAAGGCUUCGCAUUAAAAUCUGAGGAAACAAGCAGUUGGGCAGUAUUCAAGGAUGAAGGUACAGAAAUUGAAGUUAGAGGACCUCCGGUUGAAUAUGGUCAUGGGGAGAAGAAACAUAUGAAAGAAUUGAGGGAGUGGUUUCAUGCUCUAGACGAUGAUCAAAAGACGAAAUUAGAUAAGGUUAGCAAGGCGAUGGUGAAGGAAUCUUCGGCGAAAAGUACACCGGAAAAGGGGAAAAAGUGAGAGGUCCAUAUGAUUUGCAUCUGAAUUUUUGAAUGCGGAUGGCGUUCAGGGGGUCAAUGUAGUGGGAGAGGGGAAAGGAGUAUAUGUAUCGAUAAUUGUACUUUAUAAUGAGUGUUACGGAGUAUGGAGGCAAACUGUUUGGGCAUAUUUCAAUGCGGUAGGUUAUGAAGAUACCAUAAUGAGAAGCUUCAUCACUGGAUGAAAUGGGCAUGAUUAGCUA